AUGCAGGUCAUUGCCGGCUUGCUAGCUGUUUUGGCAAUGUUGGCCCUUCUUCUUUGCACGAUUGUUUAUGUCCUCAGGGAGCACAGGAACAGGUCGAAGGUGAGUUCGGGCGCACCGACUCCAAACGCCAAGGCCGAAGCGAGACCGAAGCAUGAGGAUUCGAAGAGGACCGAGCAGGAAAGGGCUCUUCGUGCUCAGGCGCCUGAGGCCAAGGCGGUAGAGCUAUCUUCAAUGACUUCAAGCGUUGGGCUCGCUGACUUGAACAGACUAUCUUUCAAGUCUCACAGGUCUUCCGGCACCCACGACCAGGAGGAUUCCCUUUCUACGUCUGGGAACUAUUUGGGCAAGCUCUGGUCAGAUGAUGGGUCCGUGUCGAAACAGUCCGUCCUGAAACAGGGGGUGGACUCCAUGGACUCGGACAUGUUUGUCGAGGGGCUGAUGUCUGACAAGUCAUUGAAGCAAGUUGUCUUUGGCGAGAUGCCAAUCAGAAGCAGUCGUGGUCGGUGGAGGCCACUCUUUCCCAGCCUUUCCGAGUCUUCGUACAGCCCUUCGGCCUCCAUGAGCUGCAGUGUUGCAUCUGUACGAAAACUCGGCAGUUCACAGAAGUUUUUUUUCGAAUCGGAGGAAGAUGCCCAGCGGAGCUUAGCGCUAGACAUCAGAAGUCACAGCCAGCAUCUGGCUGUGCAGACGGCUCCACAGCUGGAUCGAUCAGCAUCUCCGUGCCUAUCCAUGGGGAGUCAAAAGAGCCACCUGUCUGUUCCAGAGGCCAAG